UAUAAAUUCACAGUUUGAGGCUCUUAUCUCUGCAUCCAUCUCCAAACUAUUUCUUAAUCUUUUAACGCCUUUUAAACCAGGCCAGACAUAUGGCCAAGUUUAAUGCCCUCUUUUUCUUAGCCCUGGUGCUCUGCUCCUCUCUUGCCCAUGCCUCUCGCCCUGUCCCCAAACAAGCAAUUGAUCAAGCCAAAACUCAACAUGAGGGUAUUGAAGCAGAGAAAGCUGAGGUGGUUGAAGAAAGCUGUGAAGGAAUUGGAGAGGACGAGUGCUUAAUGAGAAGGACUCUGGCUGCUCAUACCGACUAUAUCUAUACACAGAAACAUAAUAAACCUUGAGUUUUGUAAAGUCUGUGUUUAGUUUGGGUUAUGCAAUACCUUUAUCAGUAAUUAUAUAAUAAAAAUUAUAUUUUCAUUAGCAAA